UGUAUUUCGUAUCCGAGUGGAGUAACUAUUAAAUGUCUGGUAUUCAUUAUUUGCUUUCAAGUCAAGAGCCCGUCUAAACACUUGGUUUGGUAUUGUAGCUAAUGAAGUAUCUAUAAUCCAUGAGACAGAUUGCGGUUUACAGGUAUGAGUAACAUGUGAAAUGAACCGAGGUAGUGUACUUUUGUCAUUUCAAACAUAUUUAAAGUGAAGGGAAAAUGGCGACGGUGUUGGCGAAUAUACAGCGAAACAGACAUAAUGCAAGAAAAGCACUGUCACUGGGAAUGCUAGAUGUGGCACUUUUCUUAUCAAAUGUCGCGCAGAUUAAAUCUGUUUUCGGUGGAGAUCUAGGAGCAGGAAAAAAGCCAUUAAUUGCUAUUACCGUGAUUUCCUUAUCGUUACUUAUACAGGUGGCUAUAGGAAUAUUAAUAAUAAUAUUGUUAUAUAUAGAAGGGGCAUUACUUCAGCUUAGACAGGCGAGUCGUGAUAAUGCGUUACUUUCUGAUGAUGGAGCAAUGACAGAGGAGUUCACUAACUUGGAAUCGAAGCCUGCCCUAUCAGCUGCCGACGAUGCUGGUGCAGGGAAGAGAAGUAAGCUGGCCAUACAUGCUAGAAGAAUUAACACUGCAAUUGUAUGUCUUAUUUUCGGAGUCCUGUGUUUCAAUCUUGUUAUAAACGGAUUAGAUCUUACGAAGCCUAAUUUCCUUAAACAGCUGAUUAUGGCUUACAAUAUAACUAUACCACACUGAAGAUAUUUACAAUGACAAUGUUACCAUUCAUGAACAAAAUAUCAUUGUUUCAAAUAGAUAUAAUGAAAGUUUCAUUAAAGUGUGUGUAGCAAGUAUUGUAUAUGUAAAUAGCUCGCACGAAUUUUGAUUUAAUUCUCAAAAGCAUCUAUGCGAAUAAAAAUUGAAUGUUUUACUCAC